GAUCAAAUAACCUCAAUAGGUUUCACUCGCUUGGCCGGCCAGUUGCUGUACGCUGUCUCUUCCCGUUUGUGCGGAUAAUACUACCACUGAAAUGCCCAAUGACACAAUCACUGGCUACUCUACGUCCAUCACAUCGCUGCCCCACUGACCAAUAUUGGAAUCCAAAUCCAGGAUCACGUCGCUGUUAAUUUAACUCGCUCAGACGAUUUGUCUAUGUGACGGUUUAGGGAAGAGGACUGUAUAAAAUCAGCCGACCAGACGAACAGCCAGCUAGCUAGCUAAGCCAGCCAGCCAGCCAGCCAGCCAGCCAGCCAGCCGAGCCGAGUCGGAAGUUUGUUGUUCUGUGUGUGGUGUUGAACUGACUGCAGUGUUGUAUCAUGAGAUAUUUAUGGCUGUACAUUUCGUGUGUAACAAUAGCAGGGGUAAUAGCCAAUCCAUUGUUUGGGAGCCGGUUUCCCAUUGGCAAUGAUGAUGAUCGCAGCGAUGAGUGCAAUGAAGACUGUUCUACGGUAGUGCAGAGGGCGGUAUGUGGAAGCGAUGGACGCACUUACGGCUCAAGAUGCGAACUGAUGCGAGCCAGAUGUCGGGGCAGUACAGCUGAAAUACAACAUAAAGGAGUCUGCCAAGAGUCGUCGAGGUGUGAGGCUGAAAGAAAAUACAACCAAGAACAGGCAAACCAGGGUCGCCAGGCGGGUCUGUUCAUACCAGAGUGCACCGAGGAGGGCAGUUUUAGGGAGGUCCAAUGCUAUGCAUCCACCGGUUACUGUUGGUGUGUGACUGACCAAGGGAAGCCCAUACCGGGGUCAUCUGUGCGUUACCAACAACCGCAUUGUAACGCAGACGACAGCCGACCAAACAGUAGACAGGGAAAGUCUGCACACAGGAAUAAAGGUUGUAGCCAGUCGGAGAGACAAGUCUUCAACAACAACCUAAUAUCCAUAUUCAAAGACGAAUACGCAAGACUGCCAACGAAACCACCAGCGGCAAAUGACGAAGAGUACGAAGGAAACCCGAGCCUGCAGGCACUGUCGGCAAUCGACGAACACGUGGAUUCGGUAAACCAAAAUGUUAUAGACUGGAAAUUUUCCGAACUUGAUACGAACGCUGACAGCGAACUCGAUAAAAAAGAGUUGAAAACCAUCACUAAAAUGAUUAAAAAAAUCGUCGAGCCUCGAACUUGCGCUCGAAAUUUUGCCAAGUAUUGCGACUUGGACCAAGAUGGCAGCAUCACGAACGGUGAAUGGGCGGUGUGCCUAGGGGUGGAUAACAUCUCGUUUCGAUUAUUCCUUUCUCUUAACGCAGAGGGAGUGAUCACAGAACCACAACCCGUGCCCAGUGAAAUUCCCCCGGAAAUAGAGGAACCAGAGACGAAACCAGAGCGUAUCAGCGAUGAGCCUACUCUUGUUGAUCGGCAAACUCCACAAGUUCCGCUUAUUCCGAUCAAAGAGCAUUCUUGUCAGAUCGACAGACAAGUGGCUUUAGCAGAAGCUGAAACCGCACCGGACGCCGAUAUUUUUAUACCUGAGUGCACGUCGGACGGUAAAUUCCGGGCGGCACAAUGUCACGCUGCGACGCAAUAUUGUUGGUGCGUACUGGUCGAUACGGGGCGGCCAAUACCAGGAACGUCGACCCAAUAUGAAAUGCCGGAGUGUGGGACCAGCAACACGCCGAAAGUACCGGACAGGGAUAUGAAAGGAUGUCCCACGGACAAGAAAGAACGUUUUCUCACAAGCCUUUUUGACAAACUGACGACGGACAUGGUAGAGAAUAUGAACGCCCAGGAAGGCGCCACGGAACCAGACCCGAACGACUCUCUUAAAGAAAGUACAGCCAAGUGGAAAUUCCGGCAAUUGGAUCUAAACGGGAACGACUUGAUUGACAGGAAAGAAUCGGCCAAGUUUAAAAAGGAAAUCAAGUCGCUCAAACCCAAGAAAUGUGCGCGAAGUUUUUCACGUUACUGCGAUGCCGACGAGGACAGAAAAAUCACACUGACAGAGUGGUUGGACUGUUACGGCCUAAAUAAGGAUGAGGAAACAACUACAAGUAGCAAAAGACGGGGUCCCAACCCUUUUAUUGAGCGACUGACUUAACUCUCUGGUACUCUGGUGUUGAGGGCGAUGUACAUACCUGGAUAUAUUUGGAGCCUUUUUAUAAAAUAAUGAUCACUUAUGUAUUGUGUGUUGUACUUUCUGUUGAUUUUAAAUCAUGUAAACUAUUGUUAAUGAUAAGUGAUGUAGAGGAAAGUGAAGUGCGCCCUCUACCCCAAGAAUGUGCUUUUUUCUUGUCUUUAUUAGAUACAGUUCUUCAGGGUGGGCGGAGCUCGCUAGUAGUUUUUGUGGCGAGUUUUAUUACUUAAAGUGGAAUUUUUAACCAGUUUAUUGCCCCUCCCCCCCCAUCCUAAAUGAUCUAAUUAAUUAUUUGGUGUAAUACUAGGCAUAAUCACAAAACGUUGUUCUCACUGCCUUUACCCUACCUCAGUUAACCCACCAUUCAGUUAAGUGAAUUUUGCCAAUCUGAUGUGAACAUUACAAGAUAUUUUAUUAUUCAACAUUGAUAUGUGAAAAUAGAUGACAAUCAGCCAGUUGUAUAUGAAAAAUAGAUCUUAUUAAUCUUUCUUAUUGUAUAAGAAACAACAUUUUUGUUUUUUUAUUUCUGU